UCUUCAAGCAGCUCGACCAAUUACAGCACGAACAGGUGCUUGAGUUUCCUACAUUUAAUAACAUGGGGUUCAUAGGCUAUUCAGAUGUAUCUUGCAGGUUGUUUACGUAAUUUUUCAAUCGUAUUACCGGCGUUAUUCGAGUGUGCUUGCGAAGUUGUCCCGAAUGGCGGGCCUUUGAAACGAUAAAUUUAUUGAGAAUCGUUAAAACUGCUACAACAGGAUGGCUAAAAGUUUAUUUGUAACAUAUCUUCUAUGGCUUUUCGGAGGAUUGUUCGGACUUCAUCAUUUUUAUUUGGGAAGAGACUAUCAAGCUUUAAUUUGGUGGAUGUUUGCAGGUGGAUAUUUUGGAGCUGGCUGGUUCAGAGAUCUGUGGAGAAUUCCUGAGUAUGUGAAAGACGCUAAUGAAGAUCCUGAAUAUUUAGCAGAAUUGGCUGAAAAAAUGCGAAAGCAUGAUAAACCUCCAACAGGGUCCGUUCGUUAUUUUGGGCAGAUAAUGGUCGCUGAUGCCUUUGGUUAUUUAAUUCUUGGAGCUGUUCCUAGAGAAUUAGUACCUGAAAACUUUACGCGUAUAAUCUUUGCAUUUUUGAUACCUCUGUCUUCAGCCCUUGGUGUUUAUCUAGUUGGAAAUAUUGGCCGCCAUGAGGGAUCUCUUCGAAGUGCGCUAGCAGGAGCUUACCUGACAAUACCUGUAUACUUUUGGUUGGAAUCUCCCAUACUUAUAUCUUCUACUGCGUCCUCAACGUUUUUUAAUAGGUUUUCUAAGAGAUGGCGACGAACACCGAAGCCUCGCAAAUCUUUUUUCCGCAGAUUGGCGUUCUUUACCUUUUGCGGCAUAUUAUAUGUGUCUCUUUGGGGCUCUUUGUUGUAUUUUAAUUGCCACAUAACUUAUCAAGAUCAAGAGUCUGUAAAAUGCAGAGAUGCUGCCAAACACUUUUUCAAAAGCCCUAUAUGGAGAGAAUUUGUGACUGUGAUGAAGGAACUUUGGGGACAUGUGAAAGUUCAUGGUUGGAGAGAAGUCUGGAAAGAGAUUGUGGAUGCAUUUGAUCCUGUUGGAGAAACUAAUGCUUUAAGGGUACUGGGAUUGAAUACGAAUGCAACUCAACAGGAAAUUACAUUAAGGUACCGAAAAUUGUCCCGGAUGUGGCAUCCAGAUAAACAUAAAGAUGAGCUGCAAAAGAAGGUAGCAGAAGAAAAGUUCAUAGAAAUUCAGCAAGCAUAUGAAAUCUUAUCUAAAAUUAAAUCUCACCGUGUUGCUCAAAAUAUAAGAAAUCCAUCUUCUUAUGGUGAUCAGCAAGAAGCAUAGCUAUAAAGUCAAUGAAUAUUGACACAUUUAGGAGUAUAAUUUAUUUAUUAUACACUUGUGUGACAGAACUUUUAAUACUUAUUAUUUGCAAAUUUAAUUCUGUUAUAAGUUAUUUCACAUUUUAUUUGUUCAAAUAAGUUAAAACGAUUUUCAGUGUCAUGAAAUUAAAUUUUUUAAUUUUAUAAAUUUUCUACCAUUAUAAUUUUCUGCUUGUUUGAAAAUUUAAAUUAUAGGAUAAUAAAAUUUUAAUUCAUUUAAAUGGAGCAAAAAUUUUAGUUUCCUAAGGUUUCACUUAUUCUCAACCAUUUUGCAUUUCAUAUUUCUACUAUUUAUUAAAUAUUUAAAAGAAAAUUAUUUUUUAUUGGUUUUUAAGGCUUUUUUUAGUUCAAUAAUUUUUCUCAGAAGUAAGAAGUUAAAUUAGUUUUUCAGUAUUAACAUAGUUUCAGUCAUCAAAUUUGUUCUGAGUGGAUUACACAGAAUUGAUAUACUUAAUGCAAAUAAAUUUAGAAUAUAAAAGUGCUAGCUGUAUAAGCUUUUGUACUGUGCUGAUAAAUUUUUAGUUUCCAUUAUUGCUCAACAGGUGUUUUUAUAGUAAUAUUUCACAUAAAAAAAUAAUUAUCUUACUUAUUCAAAAACAAGAUCUCCUUUUUUGCACAUUUUUGUUCUAAAAAUUGGCAGGAUCUUUUAAUUGUAUAUUUUAACAAAUGAAUUUGUAGAAUAAAAGAUGGAGUUUAAGUUUCAUACUAUUUGAAAUAAUUAUACUGUUCUAAUACUAAAUAAACCACAUAACUAAUUACUCUACAUAUAAACUGUAUAAGUACUGCUAAUUACAAUAGCCACGUCUAAUUAAACAGUUUCAGUUUAAGCUUGCCAUUGCUAUGCUGGUUAUCGUUAUGCCUAAAAACAAGUAAUGGUGUAGGUUAAAAUAAUGAACAGAACAAAUAUUAAUUUAGAAGCCAAACAACAAAAGUCAGCGUUUGCAAAUAUAACGCUGAUUUUUGUUGUUUGACUUCGAAAUUAAAUAAUAGUGUGACAAUUCUUCCUAAAUAUUCUUUCUGUAGUAUAGUAAAAUGUUGCAUUUAAUUAGGUAAUUUGUCUUUCAUUCUAAUCAGAAACAAAUGAAAUGUAAUCGGAAUCCUGUUCUUACCAAAUAUUCAACUUUUAUAUCUGAAAAUUUAUCUUGAAAUAUAAAGGGAGUCUUAUUUUUGAAUAAAUAUGGUAAUGUUCUUUUAUAUAUAAUUUUCACUUAACAUUUUUUUAAUCUUUGCUAUUUGGAAAUAGUGAUCAGUUAUGGGCAGUUUUUCCACCACCUUUAAAGAUUUGUAUUAGAAUUAAAAUGUUAUAUCUUGUAUCAGGAAUUUGUUAAUUUUAUUUCUGAUUUUUUUAUUUUGUACUUACUAUGCAUUUAAUUAUUUAAAAUUAUCUGUAAAUUUCUGCUGCUGUUCAUUUUAAGUUCCCCCCCCCGGCUUUAAGUCUUACACAUAUUUUUCCCCACAGUUUCUGCUUUUCGUAAGAUUAUAUUAUAUAAAUAUGUUUUUCCUUUUGACUGGGUCUGUUAAUUUUCUUUCAAAAUGAAUAUGAAGGAAUGGAAAAUAGUAUUACUUUUUUCUCUGUAAUAAGUAAGCUUUUAUAUAGUUGUCUCACAAAUUUAUGCUGAAUAAUUAAAAAUUAAAUUUGUUUCUUUGUUUACUUUUCAGUCAGGAAAUGUAAAAGUUUUGCUUUUAUUACGUUUGUUAACCUUGAUUUUUCUCAUUAUAUUCUUUCCUUAACUUAAUGAAAAAAAAAUAUUAUUCAUUUCUUUUGUUCUUUGUAACUGAUCAUUUGACAUGCAAAAUUUUGCUUCUGUACAUGUAUACAAUUUUUUCAUGUGAAAACUUAAUCCCUUUCCUUUUAUCUUGAUUAAAAUGUAUUGAUGUCAUUAUAUUCAUGAUGUAUGUUAAGUUUUAAGCUUUGGAUAAUAUUUUUAUCAUUCCUCUGUGUUAAUUAAAUGUAAGUUGUAUGUAAGUUAGCUUAAGGAAAAAAAGCCAAAAUACUCUGACAAAAACAUUUAAAAAAUCAUACACGAUAUUUCAUAAAAUUUCAUGUAUUCUGAACUUUAA